GACGAGCCCUUGCGGUCGCACCCGCCUUCAGUCGCUCUUCUCUCUCUCUCCCUCUCUCCUUCAUAUACAACACACACACACACACACACAAAUAUAUAAAGGCUCCUUCUCUUCUUCACGUAAGCCCGUGUGCAGCAGCUCCGUCUCUGAACAUUCUUAUAUACUUCACGCCACUAUUGUCGCCACCCCCGCCGCCACCCAAAAGGUCUCUCUGGAUUCUCCGGAGCUGCGAUAAGAUCAUGCCGCGGGCUAUGGUUGAGCUCGAUUUCUUCGCUAUGGAGAAGCAGAUGACAGCCUCCUCCGGCCCCCCCGAUCACCACCGGACAAGCUCUUCCGGUGUGAUCACGGGAGCUUCAACUGGAUUUAUUCAUGACCGCAUCAGGAGUGGCAUCCGAAUCGCCGAUCCCACGAUCCCAAGCGUUGAAAAUGGCGUCCAGUUCGCUUCCUGUGAUCCCUUCUUUGUCUCUCCGCCGGGGUCGUCAUAUUUCAAAGGAGAUCGUCCAAAUGGAUUUCCUGCCCCAACACCCACGCGAAGUCCUCUUCUCAGGCCUAUCUCAGAUAAAAAUGGCAGGAUUGCUCCGAUGACGAUUUUCUACAAUGGAAAGAUGACCGUCGUCGACGUCCCUCCCAUUAUGGCCGAGAACAUACUGAAGCUCGCCAUGGAAGAAAGCUCCAAGAGCCCUGAAUCAGAUAAACUCGCCAUUGCAAUGCCUCCUCCAUCACACCAACAUCAGUGGUUUGAAUCUCUUAAUAUAUAUUUGCCGAUUGCCAGGAGAAAAUCCUUGCAGAGAUUUCUGGAGAAGCGUAAAGAGAGGUUGACUUCGGCUUCGCCGUACCAUGACCCGGCGCACCUACCACGCGGUGUUUCGGGGUUCAAAAAAUGAAGAAGAUGGUCGCACGCAGCAGGUGCGAGGCAUUUCCACGCGACUGCCUUCUGUUAGUUUAGUGAGAAUGGGAAGAAAAGGAAAACCAGUCAAGGAAUGAUUAUUGCCAUUAUUCAAUUUUGGACUAUGUCUAUGUAAGAAGAUAGUGCGCAUCUCUCGUAUAGGUUAAUGUAAUGUUUGAUCCAAGGUGCGGUUUUCUAGGGUGUUGUCAUCUUGGACCGACACCGACUGUCCGCUGUCCGCUUUAGAAUCUUUUUUUUGGUCGUCGAUGGUCCGACGUGCCAACUAAUUCAGCAACGAUUUUUCAUUUUAUUAUAAAGUGCACGCAUUGCACGCCAAUGCGAACUUUACUUGUAUGACCAUAUAU